AUGGUGAAGGGACUCAUAUAUGGGGGACAGAAGAAUGAGGAGAGGGGAGAAUUAGAUCCCUAUGUGAAGAUCCAUCUGAUGCAGAACGGGAAGAGGCUGAAGAAGAAAAAGACUACAAUUAAAAAGAACACUCUGAAUCCCUACUACAACGAGUCUUUCAGCUUUGAAGUACCAUUCGAGCAAAUUCAGAAAGUGCAAAUUGUUGUGACUGUUUUGGACUAUGACAAGAUUGGCAAGAACGAUGCCAUCGGGAAAGUCUUUGUGGGCUACAACAGCACUGGAGCGGAGCUGCGGCAUUGGUCAGACAUGCUGGCCAACCCCCGGCGGCCCAUCGCACAGUGGCACACCCUACAGCCCGAGGAGGAGGUAGAUGCCAUGCUGGCAGUCAAGAAGUAAAGAAAAUUAAAUUAAAUUAAAUUAUGAAGAUGAAAAAGAAGAAGAAGCCUUUCUGCAUUUGCCCACAUAGUGCUCUUUAGCCAGUAUCUGUAAAUACCUCAGUGAUAUGGGUCCUUUCAUUUCCAGCCAUGUGUUCCUGACACAGGUCAGUUGUACUUUUAAAGUCCCAUUUUAAUUUGCACAAAUUUAAAUGUAGAGAGCCCUUUAAAGGCAGUUCAUUUCACCACUGCCCCCCCCAAAUCUACUCUUCUUUUAAGCAAUAUGAUGUGUAGAUAGAGCAUGACAGAAAUUAUUUAUUGUAUCACACAGUUGUAUAUAUACACCAGUAUGCUGAGAAUUUAUUUCUAGUUUGUGUAUUUGUAUGUUGUAAGCGUUUCCUAAUCUGUGUAUAUCUAGAUGUUUUUAAUAAGAUGUUCUAUUUUAAAUUAUGUAAAUUGACUGAGAUAUAGGAGAGCUGAUAAUAUAUUAUAGGGUAAUUAUUGUAUCGUCUGCAUUCCAGAAAAAAAAAAAUCCAACUUGUAAGGCACUAGUAGUGUUACACUGACAUCUUAAAGGACAACUUAAAUCUGAGCUUUCAACUGGACCAUCCUAAUAACACACCACAUCCAUAGAGAAUCUUGGAGGGGCAAAUCCAAUUGGGUAGACUUCUUUCACAGGCAACUUAGCAUGAUCUGAGCAGUUCCAUGGCUGACCUCAAGAAGAUGUAUCCAGAAGCCAGGAUAUCAUUUCUUUGUAUAUAUUCCAAAGCAAACAUAUAAGAGACUGAAAUGGCUUUAGACUGAAUGUUGAGCAGACAGUUCCAUAGGAGGCAACGAUUUCAUCUAACAUACAAAGAAAGACCAUGGCAGAAGUUGUGCAGGGAGGGGGAGGAGGAAGACCCAGCGGUAGUGAAACGCUGCCAGGAAAACAAGAGUAGCUCUCCAUUAUCACCUUUAUACAAAAUUUGCAUACUGUGAAUUCCAUCCACGAUUUCACAUUAUAAUGAGUUUGCACAUUAGACUUUGUAACAAAAUAUUUUAUUAUACUAACUCAGAUUAGAAGGAAUGCAGAAUAUUUUUUAGACACAGCCGUGUGAGUUUAUUAUACAAAAUAGUUUCAUGGUAAACAGACAGUAUUGUAAUCCCAUCAGAAGAUGACAAAAUUUAGCCAUAGUUCUAAAUGCACUUCAAAGUAAGCCAAAAGAGAACAGCUAGUGACCUUUUAUAUACUAUUUAUACUUAAGUUUUAAUUUGUCCUUU